GCGGGUUGUGGUGCGUGGGGGGCGUUUCUUAGUGUGUGCGUGGGCCUCUGCGCCAAGCGUUGUCCUGGGGCAGCUCAGGCUCCGAUUGAGCUCUGGGCUGGGGCUGAUGGUGAUGGAGAUGCGGUAGAGCCCCAAGGAGGCACGAAAACACACCUCUCGUUUGGCUCCAGCAGUAAUUAAGGGAUGGAUGUGAGUCGUUUUGUAGGCAGGUGUUUGUUAGGGGAACAGAAAAAGAAAUGGAAGCCUUGGCACAUCUUAAUUAACCCGUCAGUCUAGUUAACGGGUAACCAAACCUGCAGGAACUCCGUGCAGCUGAAACAACACUUAACAAGAACUUAGAUUGCGGCUGACUUGGAAACAUAGUGCAGAGAGAACAGAAGAUAGAGCUGAUGAGAAGGUGGAAGGAUGGCAACAGCCUGUGGAGCCAUCUGCUCCUACAAACAUUCACGUUUGCUUACUGUACCUUUAGAUGACUAUAUAUACCUAUAUGAUGAUGAUAUGAUAUGGUUAUGAACCUAUAUAGUUGCUGUGAGCGUUGACAAAGGUCACUUUGAAAAUGGAACUUAAAGUGCAGACGGAACUUUCAGUGUUAGGGGUUGGAGUAUUAGUCUCUUUUGUCAUCUUAUAUAGAUAUAUUAUAUAUCUUUUAUAUAUAUAUAUGGGAAGUUUAUGUAACUUCUAAUUCUGUUUCACAGGGGAAAGGAAGAAUGUAUCUAUACACAGCAGCUGUUUGAGAGGCAAAGCCAAAAGAAGGGCACUAUCUCCUGUGCUCUGGUUUGACUGUAUUGAUGGUUAAGGUGAGAUAACUUGCUGCCAAAGCCUCAAGUAGCAGGACAUCCAGCAUAGCAAAAUGCAGAGGCCCCAAACAAAAGGCUAAAAUCUUGUGUGCUGCCAUCUGAGAAGGCCUCUUCUAAGAUCUCAGUGCUGUGCCAGCCCUGCCUGAUGAACUUCAGAGUGUACCCGCAGGAAGAAUAUGGCUCUGCUUUCUCUUCUAUAGGUGUGUUUAAGAUUCCACCCAUCUGCAAACGAAGAUCAUGGCAGAGUCUGGGAGGUCAUUCGAGGCCGCUAUUGGAGAUAUCAGAUAUUUCCCCAAGCUUGCAAGUGGUAGAAAAGAGAAUGUGUUGGCAUGGACAUGCAGGUGGAGGGCUUCACACAGAUCCAAAGGAAGGGCUGAAAGAGAUAGAUGCCAAAAAGAUUGUCAGAGCGAUGCUGUCUUAUGUGUGGCCCAAAGACAGACCAGACCUGCGAGCCAGAGUAGCCAUAUCUCUGGGGUUUUUAGCAAGUGCAAAGGCUAUGAAUAUAUUGGUUCCCUUCAUGUUUAAAUAUGCAGUAGACAACCUCAACCAGGUAUCUGGAAAUGUGCUGAACAUGAGCGAUGCACCAAACACAGUCGCAACCGUGGCAACUGCUGUUCUCAUAGGCUAUGGCAUCUCAAGAGCUGGAGCAGCAUUAUUUAAUGAAGCUAGGAAUGCAGUAUUUGGGAAAGUGGCUCAAAAUUCCAUCCGAAGGAUAGCAAAGAACGUUUUUCUGCAUCUUCAUAACUUGGAUUUAGCAUUCCAUCUAAGCAGGCAAACUGGAGCUCUGUCAAAGACCAUUGACAGAGGAACGAGAGGCAUCAGUUUUGUUCUCAGUGCACUAGUAUUUAAUUUGGGACCUACCAUGUUUGAAGUGGCGCUGGUCAGUGGAAUUCUGUAUUACAAGUGUGGAGCAGAGUUUGCAUUAGUUACCUUGGGGACUUUGGGAGCAUAUGCAGCCUUCACAAUAGGAAUUACACAGUGGAGGACCAAAUUUCGGAUAGAAAUGAACAAAGCAGAUAACGAUGCAGGUAAUGCUGCAAUUGACUCGCUACUGAAUUAUGAGACUGUGAAGUAUUUCAAUAAUGAAAAAUAUGAGGCCCAACGGUAUGAUGGAUUCUUGAAGAUGUAUGAAAAUGCCUCGUUGAAGACUACCUCUACUUUAGCUCUCCUGAACUUUGGACAAAGUGCUAUAUUUAGCAUUGGUUUAACAGCCAUUAUGGUACUUGCUAGCCAAGGCAUUGUUGCAGGCAGCCUGUCUGUUGGAGAUCUAGUAAUGGUGAAUGGACUGCUGUUCCAGCUUUCUCUUCCUCUGAACUUCUUGGGAACAGUAUACAGAGAGACAAGACAAGCCCUUAUUGAUAUGAAUACCUUGUUUACCCUUCUCAGUGUAGAUACCAAAAUCAAAGACAAAGAACUGGCUCCACCCCUGCAGAUCACACCACAGACGGCUACUAUCACCUUUGAUAAUGUGCAUUUUGAAUACCUUGAGGGGCAGAAAAUCCUUGAUGGAGUGUCUUUUGAAGUUCCUGCGGGAAAGAAAGUGGCCAUUGUAGGAGGUAGUGGGUCAGGGAAAAGCACAAUUGUGAGAUUACUAUUUCGAUUCUAUGAACCCCAGAAAGGAAGCAUCUAUGUUGCUGGACAGAACAUACAAGAUGUCAGUUUGGAAAGUCUGAGAAAGGCAAUAGGAGUUGUACCUCAGGAUGCUGUACUGUUCCAUAAUACUAUUUAUUACAAUCUGCUUUAUGGAAAUAUCAAUGCUACGCCUGAGGAGGUAUAUGCAGUAGCAAAGUUUGCAGGAAUCCACGAUGCCAUCCUUCGAAUGCCUAAUGGUUACAACACACAGGUUGGUGAACGAGGACUCAAGCUCUCUGGAGGAGAAAAGCAAAGAGUUGCAAUUGCUAGAGCAAUGUUAAAGGAGCCACACAUCUUUCUCUAUGAUGAAGCAACAUCAUCUUUAGAUUCAAUUACAGAAGAGAAUAUUCUCAGUGCUAUGAGGGAUGUGGUGAGACACCGAACAUCAGUUUUCAUUGCCCACCGGCUGUCAACAGUGGUUGAUGCAGAUGAAAUCAUUGUGCUGGAUAAGGGUAAAGUUGCGGAACGUGGUAGACACGCGGACCUUCUAGCAAGUCCUAGCACUCUCUAUUAUGAAAUGUGGCAUACACAGAGCAGCAAAGUACUGAAUAGUCAUAAUGAUCCAAACUGGGGAGAGAAAAAUAACCAGAUGUCCAAAGAGGAAGAAAGGAAGAAACUGCAAGAAGAAAUUAUUAAUAGUGUGAAAGGCUGUGGAAACUGUUCAUGCUAAGUAUGAUUCUGGAUUAAUCUUUUCUACUGAGUUCCGAUAUGCAAGAUAACAGUGACAUGCUGCUCUGGCUUGGUUUUUUUUAAGUCACCAUUCAAAAACCUUCUGGGUUUUGCAGUUUUUGGUUUUUACAGUUACUCUGAGGGGCAUAAUUUCAACCAAAGGAGUUAUAAUUCUGCAUCUUUAUGAAACUAAUACUCAUUGGCUAAGUUUUUUCAUAGACUUUAAACUUCUCAACUAAGAGUGUAUUUUAUGGCAAUUUGUAGGCAUUGGUAAAUUCUCAAGAUGAAUUAUUAAAUUGCAAACAGACUUGUCCUUGAUUUACAUUAUUUCUUAUUGUCAUUGAUUGAUAAAUGUUUUAAUUGGGCUAAGUUGAACCCAUUUGCUAUUGAUGAAGGUGCAGUUUAAGUUCUUGAGUGGUGGUCUAGUUAGAAACCUUUCCUGUAAAGAAUAAGAAAAACAUCAACAAAAUAUUCAAAGUUUUUAAUAGGAAGCGAAGCACUGGGAUAAUCCACUUCAGAAAACAUCUUCUGCACUUCUAGACUAUCAGGACAUGUAUUCCUUCAAAAGAGAAUUCAAUGGUUUUAAGAGCUGUCAAAAACCUGGAAUUGACAAAAUAUCGUGUCACUUCAUGGAAAACAUGCAAGAUAUUGUAUGCAAAUAUAAAGAACCUGAGCCUUUUAUUUAAAUGAAAAACAGGAGUUCAAGAUCAGGAUUAUUUAUCAUCAACAUCUGCUGUAGUAGGCAAAGCAGAAUGCAGUCCCUCUUUUUCAUUUCAGUUGUGGCAUUAGGGAGCGACUGGCACUCAAUAAAAGUUGUCAGGAGUUCCUGUUGUCACUGAUGUUGAAAACAACCUGGAUAAUGUUGGGAGUGUUGUAAUCAUCUCCAGAUUUCAGUAGUCAAAACUACUUCAGUCUUCGUGAUUCAUGGGACACUGCAGGGUUCUGGUUUUAGGCCUUAUCUCUCCAGGCAUGUUGACCAUAUUUAUUUUUCACUAGCUACUCUGGUAUAAUUCCUUUUUUUUUUUUCUUUUUUUCUUUUUUCUUUUUUUUUAAUUUAAAUAAAGCAUUCUUCUCUUGGAUGCUGAAAAACAACUUAUCUUUUUUUUUCUGAGGAAUUAUACCAGUAUAAUUACAUUCGUAUAAUUGUGUUAGUAAAAUUAUGCAAAAUUUCUCAGUAUGGGCACUUGCAAAGCACUGAAUUUGAUGCUGCUUGAAGUUUAUUUCUGAAUAGUGCUUAUUCUUUUGUGUUAAGCCCUUCUCUGAAACCCAAUACAGGAACAGCAUCUUAAAGAAACCAAAACCUUUGUUAUCUUUUCUGCUAGUCUCUCGUUUUUCUCUCUGUUAAAAUUAUGAGGGGAAGAGAAUCUGUUAUCAAUCAGCAGUUUAAAAUAAUUUUUAUAUUGUCUCAAAUGCAAGGACUUUUAUUUUCAUCCUUGGAGUCUCGAAGCAAAAUGGAGCCUUGUUAAUGAAUUGGCAGUUCAGAAUUCUUCUAACUUACUUUGGUUUCCCCACCUUUUUUUUCAGUUUCUAACAGUGGUAUGGUUGAUCAUAAGGUGAAGUUUUAGAAAUGUCAGAGGUCUGAAGGAGGUGUUUUUUACUUUAUUUUUUCCUUGGUGGACAGUUUUGCAUAUUGCAGGGCUUAGAUGAUCUAUUAAUUGACCAGAGCGCAAAAGCAAGCGUUAUCAUCUAAACGGUCUGAGCCCAAAGCCAUUUUAAUGCCAAAUUUGAUUGUGAAGGUAAGUUUUCAGGUGAGCAAGUGAUUAUAGAAAGCCGAUGUUUUAUGUGAGCAGUGGAGGUGAAGUCUGCAGGUACACCAAGAACUUUUUAGUAUUAAUUGUUGGGGAUAAGGACUGAUCUCAGAUAGUAAAUACUAGUAGUCAAAGCUUUAUUUAAACUGGCAGUGGGUUUGAUACAGCUGUGAGGCCAUUACUUAUCUCUGCCAUCACUUUUUGUGCCAACCCAUGUGCUGCCAUUUGUCCGACAUUAAGCAAACCUCUUAACAAAGGUGUUUCCUGAGAGACGUCUGUAGUCACAGAGUACUUGUUCGAAAGAGUUUUGCAAUUGGAGAUAUCAGGAAACUUCCUGGCUCUGAAUGAUGUGUUUGUCUAUCUGCUUUUAAGGCGCAGGUUACAAAAACGUGUUUUCCCAUUGUAAAUUUAACAACUGCACAUGAGAAAUGAAGGCAAAAAAAAAAAAAAGUUCUUCCUGAUUGCCUUCCCAAGUUAAAUGGUGAAAACUUCCUUUAAGAGCAGAAGAAGUCAUGAAGAGAGUUGUAAAUGAGCAAAUGAGGAUUCUCAGGUGUUGGCAGUUUUGCAUGAUCCUAUCAAAGGAUGCAAGAAUAAAACAGUGAGUGACAUGUCUAGCUUGUGAGCAGGCGGCUGGGGAGGUGGUAGCAGUACUUGGUGAAUCUUUUGUCUGCUAGAAGGUAAAACUUUCUUGCUCUUUGUUUAGGAUUUUCAUUCAUGUACUAUGGCUCCAAAAUGUCACCAUUCUAAGCAGGCAUUUAGAACACAAUGGUGGGAGAGUCGUGGCUUUGGAGGCUCACUGUAGUUCUCUGUCUGUCAAGACGGCAUAUGACAUUUCUUUAAACAGCUUUACUGUUUUGUACAGGAAACUGAUAUAACCUCUGAAUUUCUGUAACCCUGCUCUUCUGUCAUCUCAGAACAUUACUUUUCUGAACAGAAGCUUUUCACGUUCUUGGAAUGUUCCUGGACUUCUAGAUGUUUUGUUUUUCUGAAUUCAAGUUGCCUGCUCCCAUUAUAAGAUACUUGUUUGCAUUUUUAGAGUGGGGAAAAAAUAAAAAUUCUUUUCAUUUUCAUUUUUUAUCUUUCUAAAAGAAAUGUGUUUGUGGAAAAAUGGGCAUAAAACCAAACUGCUUCUUGCAGUGGGUAGUCAUCUAUUAACCAUAAACUUAACCAGUGUCAUUUUAUUUCCUUUGCAUGAACUUCUAAGGACGGUGGCUGUUCUUACCUCCAAGUGAGCAAGCUCAUUAAUGGUUGGUGGAGAGGUAAUUUUGUUUUGGUUGUUAGAAAUGGAAAUUCAUAACUCCUUGCAGAUGAUCCCUCAGUUUCUUCUCAACAGUGCUAUUAUAUGGAUUAGUAGUUACCAAAUCUCUUAAAAUUCAGCUUUUAAAUUAUGUUCAAAUUUCCUUUUGGAACAGAAGUGUAAAAUAUAUAUUGUACAGUAAACUGAUAGAUAUUAAAGUACAAAUAGGACUAGCUUAAGAUCAUAUGGUGUAAAAAUCCUGAUUGAAGACUUCUUACCUUGACUCCUGUUGUUCAUCUGUGUGUAGAUAAUUGUUAUUAAAUAAAGGAUUUAUCUUUGUGAAUAGAAA